GCACUACUUUCAGAAUUGCACUCAAACUAUUAUGACCACAACGGUUCAUCAACCGCCACAAUCAGGACGGAGCUCGUUAGUCGGUACUGUGGUAGCACAGCGUGGUCGGGACUCGGGCCGUGGGGUUUAGUGUUUUGAUGAGAAAUGGAAACUCUGUGUGUGGGUCGAGCUAUGGAUCUGGCUCCGAAGGAAUGUGUCAGGCUCCGAGAGCUGAUGGGAACUGGGCGAUGAACCAGCUCGAAUCCAGUGUUUUCUUGGCGCCUCAGAAUUUCUGGUGGAUUCGUCGUGUCUCAGGAUUUGGGCAGACUUCAAAUGUGCGAUGACGGCCCCGAGGCAUGUGAAGAGGGUGGUGAAGAGCUCGAUCACCUGAAUGAUGUGCCAGCUGCAGUCGCGGUGCGGAGUGACGCCGCUAUGGAGUACAUGAGGACCUCUCCUCGAGCCUUCUGCUGUCAGUGCUGGACGAAAGCUGCUGUCAUCCGGUGAAGCAUGGCUGGUGUUCGGUUCCUUGCCGGCAUCGGGGUCGUCGGCGGGAUCUGCUCGACCAUCUCGGGACAAGGAGAGCUUAGACAAUAGUGCCGCAAUGUCGUGCAGCGUGGUGGAAGAUAUGUUUCGAGCGGCCAGGAGGCUUGGGCGUUCAGCUCAGUUCAGUGGGAUGACUAGCACUCUGCCCUCCCUCCCUCGCAUUCCUUCUCGACACAUUCACGGCUUGGGCUCGGCCAGAGCAGCGGACGUCGAGCAGGCAGCGAUUCCUUUCAGACGGAGGCUUGCGAGCACGGAGUGUUGUUUUACUGCCGGCUCAACCAUUGUACCAUAUGAUACCCUAGCAAGUGGAUUCGAGGGUCGACUGUACAAGUUGUGUCAAGUCGGCUCGUUUCAUACCUCCGGCAUAAGUUGGGGGAGGGCCAAACCUGCACCUCUUUACGAAACGAUCGUAUCUGAUAUUCGAGAGGAAGUGAAGCAGGCCUUGUGUCAGUUCAUGCAACAGGAUCUGAAAGUGGAGAAGAAACUUGCUGCGCAGAUUAUAAAUAACAGUCCUGAUUACGUGAACAAGCUUGUGGAAAAGCUGAAGCCUACCGUGCAGCCCCACACGAACCUGAACCUGAUGGUGAGGGAGGUGCUGGCCGAGGCCAAGUUUAAGGGUGUGGAACCGUACUUCGAAAGUAUAGGAUUCACUCCUCAGGAGAUAGAGAAGGUGAGCAUGUAUUCGAGAUCUGGCCUUGCCGGUGUCAUUGCGAAGGUUAAUCUGAUCAAAUCUAUCGGGAUAAGGCCAGAAGAGAUCCCCAGGGUGGUCACAAUAAACCCAAGAUCUCUUAGUAACGCUUUGAAAAGUCAAGAAGUGAAGGUCCAUUACUUGAAGCAGUUAGGCCUGUCGUUCGACGAUAUUCGCAAACUCGUGGUGUCGUAUCCGAAGGCUCUCAGUUUCGGCUUGAAGAAUGGCAGUUUGCCUCUUGUAGACUUUCUGAGGUCCAAGGGCGUGAAUACUAGUGAAAUUGGGAAAGUAGUGGUUCGGUGUCCACAGCUCCUUACUUUGAAUGUGGAGAGGAAAUUGCAACCAGCAAUCGAGAUUCUGGGAAGUGUUGGAAUCACAGGGAGCAACUUGGCUAGAGUUCUGGUGACUCAGCCCUCCCUCCUGAGGCGGAGAUUAGGAGCAAACAUUGAAUACUGUCGAAAGUUGGGACUAGAUGCGAAACCUGGAGUCAUAGCAAGGCUUCUUGUAACCUGUCCUAAUUUCAGCGAAGAUGGAUGCAAGGCGCGGAUGAGCUAUCUGGAAAGUACUGGCUUGACAAAGGAGCAGGUUGUUACCAUGAUCAUAAAGAAUCCGGCUUGGUUAAGCUUCAAUGUUGAAAGUUCAUUGUCUUUGAAGGUCAAUUAUCUGGUCAAUGUGAUGGGAAGGUCUGUCCAGGAACUGGUGACAGCUUCUACCUUUCUGACCAUGAGUUUAGAGAACCGUAUAAUGCCUAGGUGGACAGUACUCUCUGCCAUGGAAAAGGUUGGUCUGUUGAAGAAAACGUACAGUUUGAGCACUCUUGUGACCUGGAGUGACGAUUAUUUCUACGAGCGCUUCGUCGACAAAUGUCCGAAAGAGAUCAAGAAAUUGUGGUUUGCUCCAUCAUGUGCAGAGGAAGAUAAUCUGCCUAAGGACCAGCAACCCGUAGCCUGAUUCAUUAGGUCAAUAAAAAUUCAAGGACUUUUGUAAGCACUGGAUCUGGUCGAAUGGCGAGGGUACGGAUAUUCACUGCACCAAUUUCCAGGUGCUUUCGUCUCGAAUGAGUUGUGGAAAAGGUCUGAUACUUCUAAACAGUGCAUGGCGUGAAGAAAAGUGAAAGCUGCAUCCUAGGCCUUGAAGUCAGUGAUAUGCCUUUUGCAGAAGUUGGGUCUGAAUGAGGAGGCGUAUGCCCUGGGAUGGAGGACGUGACUCUGUGCUUGCAUUUUGUCAUCUAGUCCGAUGGCGUCUGGCCUGUAUAUUUCUUUCAUUUCGGAUUUCAUAGCAGCCUUUGGACAAGUGCUCACAUUUUGAGCCAUAGUACCCAGAUGUCUCUGAAACAAGUUCUUGUGUACAACCAGUCGGCCCAUAUCGUACGGGAGGGACCCCUGACUAUAAUGUCACUGUAGAGGAUCUAUUGAUUUAGCAUGACGAGACAAGCAGUCGAAGUUCAGAACUGUUUAAGUGGUGUUACUGUCUGUACACUGCACUCUCUGCUCUGGGUAUCUAAUCCAUCAACAUCUACCUUACAUGCUCUUCUUUGCCAGCAUAGUUACAUCUUUCAGCUCGGCUACUGAUUUCCCUGCUCUCCUUACUUUUUGAGAACUUAUCAUCAUUAUCUGGUAACUAUCAGAUAAUAAUGGAAUUAUUUCGGUACUUGAAGAUUACGUAUCGGUUGCUUGUUUUCUGAUUUCUCUAAUUUGAGGGAUGAUCAUCGUUCGAUACCA